UAACAUUCGAUUGACAGGGGUAGGCAGUAGGUAGCAGUAGGUAGUAGGAGUACAGUAUUUAUUAUACUCUUUUAUGGUAUGGUUAUGAUUAGUGCCGGUCCGCGAGUAUAGUAAAAUAAAGUAGUUUUCGCGAUGUAUAGUCACCAAAUAUACAAUUGACAGGCAUUAAGUCAUCUGAGCGAAUUGUGAUGAAUUAAGAUGUCCCAAAGAAAUACCAAUGUAGUAGGAAGAUUGGACUUGAAACGUUCGAAAAAACUCAUGUCGUCUUCCAGCCUGUCUGGUAUGUCGCAGUUAUCCAAUAACAGCGAAGAAACAUUAAAGACCUUGGUACACAAAUCUCACAAAUCUGAUAAUUUAGAAAACACAACGAAUGCAAGAAAUGCAAUAAACAACGAAUGGUUAUUGAAUGGACCAAAUGGAAGCAAGAUGCCCGUUUUACGCUUUAAAUGUUCCGCUUUAGCCACGCCACCAGAAAAUCCACCUGCGAAGCAGCUACACAUGACUUACAAGAUCUUUCAAACUGACACUAAACUCAUUAAUCUUUUGCUGCAAUCACAUGGUUUAAUGGAGGUAUCUAUGAGUGAGACAGAUUUUAACAUACUAUGGAUGGGAAGUCAUCCAAAACCGGACAUCUUGCGAAAUUUGAUGCCAUAUCAAAAAAUAAAUCAUUUUCCUAGGUCGUACGAAAUUACCCGAAAAGAUCGCCUUUAUAAAAAUAUCGAAGCUAUGCAAAGGAGUAAGGGCCUCCGAAAUCUCGAUUUUAUACCUCAGACAUUUCUACUGCCUACUGAAGCCAGAGAGUUGAUUUCGGCGCAUUUCAGAUAUAGAGGGCCUUGGAUUGUCAAGCCUAAAGCUAGUUCGCGAGGCCGUGGCAUUUAUAUUGUCAAUAAUCCUGAAAAGAUCCUGACAGAUGAAUCGGUUAUUGUGGCGCAAUAUAUAAAUAAUCCGCUUUUAAUCGACGGACAUAAAUGUGAUUUGCGUCUUUACGUAGCUGUAACGAAUUACGAUCCCCUGCUAAUUUAUUUAUAUGAGGAAGGUUUAGUGAGAUUUGCUGCUGUUAAAUAUGAUGGCGGAAGUGAAUAUGUUUGGAAUCCUUGCAUGCAUCUUUGCAACUAUAGUAUAAACAAGUUCCACGUGGAUUAUGUAAAAAGUGAAGAUCCCGAUGCCGAGGACGUAGGACAUAAAUGGACAUUGUCGGCAUUACUUAGGCAUUUACGCUCAAUAGGUCAAGAUACGGAAUCGCUUAUGCAGCGAAUAGAAGAUAUUAUUAUAAAGUCAAUUCUUGCUACUGCAUCUGGAAUCGUCAGCGGUUUAAAGCAAUUCGUGAAAUACCCCGAGACAUGUUUCGAGCUAUUUGGCUUCGAUAUACUGAUUGACGAUAUGUUGAAGCCGUGGUUAUUGGAAGUAAAUUUAACCCCCUCGUUGGGAUGUGAUUCACCACUAGAUGUUAGACUCAAGUCAGCUUUAAUAACAGAUUUGCUUACUCUCGUCGGCAUAGCUGCUGUCGAUCCAAUCCUGCGCUCUCAAAAUUUAAAUCGUGCUGCCAUAAAUUCCGAUAAAAAGAUAACUAAUUAUAGAAGAGUGCAGUCCGCAGAAACAUUGCCUCAAGAAAGGAAGAAUAUUAGAAAUAAUAAAAGUAAAGUAGGUUUAAAUUUAGAGCAACAACGAAUAGUAGCGUCUGCAAAAGCACAAUUUGAGAGAAGAGGUGGAUUCGUUAGAAUAUUUCCAAGUCCGAAAUCUUGGGAACUCUACUCACAGUACUUAGAUCCAAUUACAGGUGCACCAAUGAUUUCGGAUCCGCUAGGUCCGAGGAGAUUACCGCAACAUAUUAAUACUAACCAUAAUCUAAUGCUGCAUGAACAAUUGUUUCCUGCAGCUAAUCGCAUUACUGGCUACAUUGUUUCAGAAGUCAUAUUAGAUAGAUUAUCUAGGUACGAAAGAUAUGAAAGAGCGUUGGUGAAAGGCCACAAACAGAGCUUGGAUAGAAUGAAUAACAAAGAGAAUGUAGAUAUAGAUAUACAUAAAUAUAAGAGUCAAGUAUUGCAAUCAAUGCAAGAAGGCAAUAAGCUGAGUUCUGGUGAAGCAAGGAGAGCCUUCGGUUUAUAUCUAGGUUAUAUAUUACGGAAAAUAUCACAGCCUAAUGUAGAUCCAGGAUGUUGCGAUCUUGUUAUGAAGUUUCUCCAACAUUCGUCUUGCAGUUUAAGAACACCAUUUUUAUUUACGUUACCAUGCAGUAAGUUAAGCGAUAAGGAUCGAGCUGCCAUCACCGCAAAGCAACUUUCUGAUUUUUUGCAUCUGUAUAACAGAGAAACAGAUCUAUACGAAGACACCGUAGACCGGCCUCAUACCGUUCCUAAUAAACUCUUCCAAAAAUUUUUAGUUGCUGCAAGCGAACAAGAUCUUGAUGAUGUGCUGAUUCUGCAAACUCGUCUUUAUAAGUGCACUCACAGUUUUUUGGGAAGAAGCGGCUUCGCUGGCAAUCUACGCGGCGCAAAUCUUCUCGGGUCUUUACCACAUAUUACAUCGCGAGUGUAUUCCAAUGCCGCUGCAACAGAACAGUGCAGAUGUAAUAAUUCAAUUAAUAGAAUCUUCCACUAAAUCGGUGAUACAUCUAUGCACAGUCACGUUGCUUCAUAAAAUUAAUUGCUGCAAUCAGCUAUUCAGGAGACACGCCAGCCCUGGAGUCACGCCAGCCAGGAGUCUCGUCAGCCUUGCCGCUAAGACAAGCGCAACAAUAUAUCAUGGCAUGAUUACAGUAACAGAGAAACUAUGGGUUCUCUGCUUCGAUCGGGAUUGCUACCAAAAACAUGGCCGCUUAUAAGGCGCAAGCAAAUAUGCGCGGCUGAAAACGAGCUCUUGUCCCUACUAUAUAUCCUUAUACUGUGCUUCGGUGAUAGAAAACGGUCUCGGCUGGAUGUCUCGUGAAUGUACCGAAUCAGAUCUCGACCGGACGACUUGGAGAAAUAUAAGAAUACUACCGCAUUAGAUCUCAACCACACAGUCAAUAAAAAUUGACUAAUUGGUCGCGGAUCGACAGAAUGUCAAUUAACUGGCCAAAUUUUAACUUACUCUGCGUUCACGAAGGGCCUUUUUUAUCCGCAAAUGAAUCGGUUGUGCUGAAUGGAGGUGCCGCGUAUGUUAUAUAAUGAUCUAAUUUAAUUUAAUUAGGAUUAGUAGUAUCGGUUACGAAUUGGAUACUGGGAUCGGUGUCACUUGUGGCCUAAAUUUUUAGCUCUCUAACUGUCAAACAAUGUUAGUCAUUUUCGUUAUCGAUCAUUUGCCGGAUGUUCAAUAUAUCGAUAGUUCAGAGUCGUAUGUGUCAUCUAUUUCAAACAACCAAUGCUGUUUCGAUUUAUAAAUCCUUAAUCUACACUACUUCUUUUGUGUGUUCCUUGGUAGACAUCUCUUUUAUUCGACACUUGUUCGAAUAUUUAAUUUAGCAACAUCCUCCCGAGCUAAUUAUUAUUCUAUAAGAGAGAUCGUUAUUCGACUCAUUACUAUCGCAACUUUCUGUGACAGAAAUAGAUGAUUCACAGAUAAUACUUGUUAAGAAUUUUAUGCUGAUGACGAAAAUCCUCACCAAAGCAAAAAAUUGUGGAAUCUAGACGUAACAUUUGUAUAUAAAGAAACGAUAUACAACACUAUACAAUAGAAUGACGUUUCAAUCAACAGGAAUCACUUCGUUUCAUCGUUUUGCGACAAUAGCAUUCAAUCAUAAAAAUUGUUAGUAUACAUAAUUACGUUGCGUUAAUUGUCAAUAUAUUUAAAUUCAGUUGAAGAUGGACCUGUGAGUUCCGGAACGUACUUUUUUGAUGUAACACGAUAAAAAAUGUUUUUAAUUGAUAUCUGUAAUAUUGUAGCUCGAUUAC